CCAUUAUGUUGGUAUCAGGAGGGUGAGUCAGUAGUGGUUGGUCCAGAGUUAGUUCUUCAGACUACUGAGAUGGUGAGACAGAUUCAGGAGAGGUUGAGAGCUACUCAGAAUCGACAAAAGUCUUAUGCUGAUAAGAGGAGGAGACCUCUAGAGUUUGAGGAGGGAGAGCAUGUGUUUCUCAGGGUGACACCCACUACUGGAGUGGGAAGGGCUGUAAGGGCCAAGAAACUCACACCGAAGUUCAUUGGUCCUUAUCAGAUCCUUCGUCGUGUAGGUCCAGUAGCUUAUCAGUUGGCGUUACCUCCGAUUCUGUCCAACCUGCAUGAUGUGUUUCACGUUUCACAGUUGAGGAAGUACAUCAGAGACCCGAGUCACGUGAUAGAGAUGGAUGAGGUGCAAGUUAGAGAAAACUUGACUUACGAGAAGAGACCGGUAGCUGUAAUUGAUCACAAGUUGAAAGAGCUUCGAGGCAAGUCUAUUAGCUUAGUGAAGAUUCUUUGGGAUGCAGCUACUAGUGAGGCAACCUGGGAAGAAGAGAGUCGGUUCAAGGAACAGUAUCCAUUCCUCUUUUCAGGUAAGCCUAUUUUCGGGGACGAAAAUUCUUAUUUGUUGGGGAGUAUUGUAACAUUGUAAAAAAAAAAAAAAAAAAAAA